GAGUACGGAAGUCCUUCUCCUCCGGCUUUGUCGGGCGAAGUUAAUAGAACGUUUUACCCUUCGCGGCUCGUGGGAACUUCAAACUCUUGCCUUCUGUUGUUCCUGGCAGCAGACAGGCCUCAAGGGUGAGUAGUCAUACGAUCAGAGCGUUCCGCUUGUAACGGAUACCAACAAGACCCUGUCUUGUCAAGUGGUCAGUGAUCUGAUCUUGCUCAUUUUAUGCUUGCUCGCUUUUUUCUCGAUAAUUCUACUGAUUUAAGCAGUCAAAGGUUCGUUUAAAUUCUGGUGAAAGUAAAAGCGUAAGCAUCUUAUUUCAGCGAGAAAGAGAACUUUUGUUUUAGGUACUUCCGUGUAUAAACGCUUAACUGCAAAUCCAAAAAACGUCAGAUCGGUCGAAUACAUUAGUAUUAAAAGGGAUUACGGCUGGAGUGAACAUCGAUUUACGCUUUUUGAGUCUACCAACUCCCUGUAAUUUCUCGGUGGUUUUAGGUUCUAGCUCGUAGAACACUUUGCUUUUAGGUACAUUUUAAUAUUAUCAGACACACCAAAUCAUGCUUAUUAUAAUAUCCGUCAUCAAUUAUUUCAUAUUCCUCUCCUCGAUUCCUAAGCAACAGUCAGUAGUGGACUGUUUUAUCAGUUAUGCCAAGACAACUAAGUGAUCUUUCAGUAUAAAGCUAACUAGCUAAUGUUGAAUUUAAUACAGUUUGCCGUUUUUUCGUAUUUCCUAAAGGUUGUUACCUCAGAGUGCCAAAUGCCUCAAUAUGUCCAUGAACCAUCAGCAGGUUUGUAACCGAAAUUUGCUCAUGAUCCCUCACUUGCCAGCUACAAUUAAUUAUGAUGUAAAUGUUUAUCUUCCAAUUACAAAACUGAACAUUUUCAGUUCGUUUAUACUGAAAACUGUUACCUGGACUAACUUGUACUCUUGACAAGCUCAAAGUAGUACAGUGGAAACCCGUUAAUAUGGCCACUAUUGGGCCCAAAAAAAUUGGCCUUAUUAACAAGGGUUUUUUUACAAGAAAAUAUAUGGCAGUUUUUGCUAGGUAGCCAAAAAAAGUGGCCGUAAGGCGCGUUUCCACUGUAGUAUUUUGAGUUUCGGGAUUUCAUAACUGAAGUAUUAACAGUUGACGUUUAGAGAUCCUGCUACAAGAUCAGGAUGUAACAAAUGCCAUCACUGGUAGUUUCUUUUCUGUCAAAUUGUCAAUUCUCAGAAACUUUGUGGCUUUAUUAAUCCAUGCAUGAAAGCACUGAGUUUUAACUUGUUGACUAAAAUGAUGUUUCUUGGAAAAUAGUAGCCCAGCUGCUGAUUUCUUUGCAUAGGGGUAACUUCUUGAUAUUUUGGAGGAGAAUCUUGUAAAUUACACCCUAUGUUCAGGGUUGUCACCAAGAUUUCAAGCUUCUCGUUAAAACAACAAGUAGGUGGGGAGUCCAACAGGUAUAUGGGAAUUUCUGUUGGUUCUGUUUUUCUUCUAUUUUUUUGUGAAAGUACGUGUAGCAGGAGGUCAACUUCAAAGUAACUAGGGGAAAUCCCUGUCCCUAAUGAUAGCGCUGGGCUCAGUUGUUCAAAGGCUGAUUAGCGCUAACUCAGGUUAAAGUUUUUGCCCUGGUUUCUUUUUCUUUUGUUCAAAUGCAUUUUCCCGGGUGAUUUUUUCUAUUCUUUUUGGAGCAUGCAAUGAUCAAAUUUUAGACAAAAAGAAUAAAACUGAAUUUGAUUUGUGAGCUUUCAUAUCUGAAUUCAAAUUUUGAAUUAACCCUGUGUUAUCUUAACCCUGCUUUGAACAACCCAGCCCAGAAUAUUAGCUUAAAGCUCACAGAGUAUUCAAGGAGCCACAGAAAGCUUAAAGCUGGUUUUUGUUAGCAGUUGAGUCAUAUGUGGAAUCCAAAGACUACCUUAUUUUUAUGUACAGUGCUGUAAAAAUCAAAACUUGGAGUCAUAAGCUCGAUGGAAUCAGGGUUGGUAGAAUCAGAACAUUUCCAUUUUCUUCUGAUUCCAUUGGUGAUUCUAUUUCUUAUGAUCUAGUGAAAACCUGAAUGUCAGAGUCAGCAACAGAAGUGGAAGAAUAAACCAAUUACAAAACUCCCCCCCCCACUUAACGAUUGGUUUGAUUCUUCCACUUCUGCUUACAACUCCGACAAUCUAGUUUUCACUAAAUGUAAGUUACCAGUUGCAUCUCAUUUUCUGCACGUUACAUGAUUUUGCAUCUUACAAGAGGUUGGUAACUUACUUUUGAGCAGUAUUGUAAGUAUUGAACCUUGUUUAACAGGCAAACGUGAGGCUUAUAGGCGAAUCUUUGUUUACACUUUUUGCCUCAUUUACAUAUGCUUAUCACUGUCUGAUGACGCUAAUAAAAUAAAAACUCUCAAUAUUGAAAGGGCACAACAGUUUCAGUUAUCUCUGAAAAUUUGAGCCCAAUACACCGAAUGGUUUCGGAGAAAUUCUCUUCAAAAAACUCGAAAUUUUACAGAGAAUGUAUGGCUCAUUAACUUUUUUGCCACACAGCAAUUUCGCAAUUUUUGAUAGCUGAUAUUUCCUUCAAUAUUGCUCGCAAAGAGCCGAAAAUUGCACAAAUAGCCCAACUUUAUCAGCUCUUUCAACUUUUGCAUUUAGUUUAUAUAUACGGCCACGGCUUCUAUGAGUUAAGUCGUAUGCUAAUGAGGAAAAAUGUAAACAAUGACGUCAGCAAAGAUUCGCCUAUAGGAGAGGCCACCUGUAACAUUGUCAUUUGCAGCUGAGGUUUAGAUAGUAAAUAUUAAAUUACCAUCCGUCUGUCACAUAAGGGUAUCAGCUGUACUUUGUAUGUGUGCCAAUAGCGCUUUCCACUAUUACUAAAAAUAGGUUUUGUGUCCCCCGCAUGACUCAGACAAAUUUUGCAUCCUGCAUGUACUCAAAGGCUUUGUAUAGACAACAUGCAUUUCUGACAUGAAUAGUGUUUGUAAAAUUCACAGUGAAUGUUUUUUAACUGUUCUCUGAGCUUUAUUCUAAUAUUUGCAAGGGUAAUAGGGAGCAAAACCUGGUCCAAGUAACUCAAAUAAACAUCUAAAAGCAGAAAAUAAACAGACCUGGUCAAAUCAGAUCCAUAGCCCUGCCUUAGUCAGAUAGCACUGAAACAUGACAUAACAUUUCUGACCAUAUAAUCAUCCAAAACCACAGAUGCUAAAUAGAAGAUCGAAUUUGUAUGUGUUUUUCGCAAGCCUGUGGCAGUAUUUCUGAGCUGUAAAGCACACCAACAUGAGUACAAACUGGAAAUUGUAUAAGUUUAAAAUGGUUGGUAUGUGCAGCCAUACAGUAUUUUAUACAAUAAUAUCAUGUAUCCCACAAUAGUGUAAUACCUAGCGUUGCCUUUGCACUCAAAAAUUAAUAAAAAUGAGCAUCCUUUACAGUUAAUUUUAACCAAACUACAUUUUUACGAACAGCUUUGGUGCCCUACUCAGUUUGUACGUUUCUUAGUGAAAUGCCAUAACUUUAUUUCACCUAAGGGUAAAGACACUGUAUUAGAAAUAAGAUCACUCAUCUAUACAGUUAUGUCCAUGCUUAACAUAGUCUUAGCACACGUUAAUUAUUUUCAGGAUAUGUAAUCAUUUCCAAGAUGGAUUUUAUUUCUUUAUACGAUUUUAAAAAUCUUCAAAGACGAUGUAAAUUUGCAGGUGAACACAACUUUCCCAUACAAAAUUUGUUCAGGUUCAAUGUCUGAGUCACAGCAGGGACCAGAAAUUUGUGACAUCAUUAGUGCAAAAUGUUAUUUAAUGUUGCACUGAGCCUUUCUUAUCUAUAUGUAGCACGCAACAUAUUAGAUACUGAAUACUAAAUCUGUUUGCGUAGGAUACACCGUGGCCAACAGGAACUGAAGUGGUUGGAAAGUAUGAAUUUAGAGGGCGAACACGUGAGGUAGGUUUAUCAAUGGAAAUCCAAAUCUUUGAUGUAGAGUGGAGCCUCAGUAAUUGACCCAUUAAACCCUAACAUCAAAAUUCAAAUUCUCAUUUGUUAUCCCUAUACAUUUUCAAUAGAAGUAGUGGGGAGAAUUUGAUGAAGUAUCAAUUAGAUUUAUCUUGUGUGAUCAUAUCCUUAAUUCUCAUGACCACUCUGUUUUAUAAAGCAGUGAUAUUACAAGGAGAAAUUUGAUGCUGAUCAUUCUUAUCGCUUAAAGGGUUAAAAUAAACAACUAUAGAAGGAACACCUCGGUGAAACAAAUGACAACCUUUGUCCCAGUUGUUCAAAAUGUGGAUGGGGCUACACACUGUAUAAAUCUCUAUCCACUGGAUAGUGCAAUAAGUUUGCCUAAUUCUUAUCUGCUGGAUGGUGACUUAUCCGAUGGGUAGCGCUAUCAAGACAAUGUUAUUUUACUUUAUGUUUUUUUCCAAUCUUUUAAUACCUCGUUUUAUUGGGGUUUCACUGUAUUUACCAGCGACGCUGUAAAACAAAGUACAUGUAGCUAGGUAGAGGUUGAUUUGUUGAAUACACAUACUUUCCAUAAUAUCAGCAGGGCUUGAAAAAAAAUUGGAAUUUCAGCUUGUCUUUACAACAAGCAGCACUAACAACAACUGCCCCAUCCAAGCAAAUUAUUUGUGACCUUCUCCAGGAAAACGUACACUAACGGUUUUCCGUUUAACGGGUAAAAGCUAACGGCUAACGAACGGCUUGUUAACGGCUUUUCUAACGCCCUUAACGGGUUGGCUAACGGUUUGAACGUGUAGGCGAAAAAAUCUAACGACCUACAAAAGCAUUCGAACGGAUUUGCUUUGAUUUUCCUAACGACUUUUUUGAACGUUUCUAACGGGCGGACUAACGGCUUCAAGAAACAAUCAUCUAACGGUCUAAGAGAACGUUUGAUAAAAAUCAAACGUUUGAAAGUGAUAACAGCUCAAAGACUAUAAAACAUUAUGCGCGAUGAAAUCAGUUGUACCUGUCUAACAUUUCAAAUCAUCUGAGUCGUCAAUAAAACUCGGGAGACAGACAAGACAUAAAAUUCAGUUAAAAACCCAAUCUUUAAAAUUCGUUUAUUACUCACCAACGUUCGUCCAAGUGAUGGACCAAAAGUCGCAAUGUUACUUCCGUUUCUCGAAUACUACAUGUAGUACGCAAACAUUCACGUGCAUGAGUUCGAAGUUUUCGCUCCUGUCUCGCGCUGUGGCCGUUUUGAAAAUAAGCAAGAGCUUUUCUAGAAAGUAAAUUAUAAAAAUUGAUACAUUUUCCCUGUUCUUGAUCAUAUCUUGACUAAAAAAGCGAAUUUUUACCGCUUCUUGGUUGAUUGCUGCGUCUUAGUUCGAUCGAUCCUGACGAUGUCGCCGUUCAAGUGCAGCAUUGUCAUAGCAACCACUUGCUCAGUCCCAGUCCUUUGAUGUCAUACAGGUAUUCUCAUUAAAAUGUAUUUCCCACGUUUGUCCCACGGAACUUAAAAAACACAGACAAGACGCGGUAACCAGAAUUAGCGGCUUUCAUCCUAUAACUUGAAGAUUCGUACGCUCAACUACAAUUUAUUCGACAUGAUAGUUAUCUUUGUGAAAAUGUGUAAACUGAGAUCGUGUGAAGUGUCCAACAGAAGAAAUGGUUUACUGGCGCCUCCAGGUAAAUAAUCAGAAAACCUAUUCGCUUACAUGUUGCUAUUAAUAGUUUGUUACGUACGUAUGUAAAUGCUCGUGUGUUCAAGUGCGCGAAUGUAGCCUGAACGACAAACGCAUGAAAGUGUGAGAAAACGUAUGUGUUGCAGGUUUUAACCGAGUACAGAUUGGGCGAUAAUCAAACGAAUGUAGAGCGAUAACCUAACGAUUAUAAUUUCAAAGGACAUAAAACAGAAUAAUCAAAAGAACUUCACUCAUUAAACGUUCUGGAAUGCACAUCUAACGACUUUGCCGAACGACUUGAACGUCCUGGAACGAAAUUUCGAACGACUUUUUCUAACGUUUUGAACGACCUUGACUAACACCUUUAACGGUUUCUCUAACGCUUCUAACGGCAAGGCAAAUUUUUCUAACGGUUUUACUAACGGCUUGAACGCUUUCCCAAGCCGUUGUAACGCUUAGUUAACGGGUUGUUAAUGCUUUAAGCCGUUAAACGGUAAACCGUUAGUGUACGUUUUCCUGGAGAAGGUCACAUUUUGCUCGGAUGGGGCAGUUGCUUCCUUGUUUUUUAAGUUUAUGACUUAGCUAGAGGAUUACUUGCCAGGCUCCUGCUCACUGGGCAAGGGAGAAUAAAAGGUUACUUGCCAGAGAGUAAAAUCUACUCAUUUUAGAGAAUGCAACAAACUUUUUUAAAGCCCUGAUUAGUCCGUGGCCAUCGAUCUUGCCAGCCAGUGGUGUUUUUUUUGCAAAUGAUUUCUAUGUGUUCUUUAAUAUGGCAGUGUGUACUAUGAAUGUGAUGUGUUAAAAUUCCUUUCACUAGGAUCUUCCAUUCAGGAAGGGUGAAAUAUUGCUUAUUGAGAGCGUUACUCGGGUAAGUUGCAUUGUCAAGAGUACCAACACUUGUACAAUUUAUAAUAAUUAUUGCGGGCAACAAGCAGAGCCCACAAUUCUAAUCUUCAGGUUGAUAUUAUACUUGCUUGGUAUGUACGUAGCCUGCCUUAAUUUGGACGUUCACUAAGAAUGAAUGGAAUGUAUAGAGCACAAUCUGAUGAUGCUCGUUUUGACCUUAUAUAACAUGAAACUUACACAAAGCACCUGAGUAAGAGCAAGAGCAUUUUGACAUUCAAACAGAAGCUUGAAACUCGCUUGCACUCUCUAACCUCUGGUUAUUUAACAAUUAUUCCUCGAGCCCGAAUGGACUCUGAGUCAAUAGCCCAUGAGGCCGAAGGCCAAAUGAGCUAUUGACUCAGAGGCUAUGAAGGUGAGAGGAAUAAUAUUAUUGUUUUAGUAAAAUCCAACUAAUUGGUUAAAAAUAUCGAGACAAAACAACUUUAGCUAGCAAAACGCGAUUCAGCUGCCAUUGUUUUGGUUUUCAAAGCCAGCACUUUUUGCUACUAGUGGGCUAUAACAUACAGCCUAGUAGUAGCUCAACCAAGCAGAACACAGUAUUGGUAAUAGACCACUAGUUACAACCUGUUUCACGCGAUACUAACUGAAGACAUAAGGCAAUAAAAGAAAUGCUAUGAAAAUUUCCAAAUGAGUGCGUACCAUCUGGUGUAUAGGUACUGGUUAAUUACCUAAACCCACACAUGCACAUAUAAAUGGUAGAAAAACAGGCAGACAAACCUUAGAGAGAUAACCUUGAUGACCUGUGGCUGAAUUUUGUUGGCUUAUUGAUUUGACUAAUGAUUUCUCUCCAGGACCCUAACUGGUACAGAGCAAAAAAUGCCAAGGGACAGAGAGGAAUGAUUCCAUAUAACUAUGUUAAAGAGAAAUUAGCUAAGGGAGCUGUGAAGCUGGAUGCAAUGCCGUAAGUCUGGCGUCAUUAUUCUUCUAAUUUAUAUUACAGUGUACCUUGCCCAGGUGAAGUUGAUACAUCGCUUAAGCAUUUUUUAUUAUCAUUUUGUAGUAUUUGACACUGAACAUUGUUUCAGGCAAAAGUUCAUUCAUAUGUGGUUCCCUUAAGAACCAUUCCUGAUUUCAGACCUUAAUGGGCAAGAGCCAUACCUGUUUUCAGACCAAAACAGCUCAAAACUACUCCUUUUGAAGUGGCACAUAGUUUAUUAGCUUAUGUGGAAAUAUCCUGCCAUGUGUCCAUCUAAGGCAGCUUUUCUUUUGAAUAUUUGGUGUCAGAUGGAUAAUCUGUCUCUAAUCUAAUAAGAACAGCCAUUAGUUCAUGUGAAGCUCUAUGUGCAGGUGUCCAUAUGAGGGGGAUAUCUGUCUUAUCCAUGAGUGGACUGAGAGUUGGCUGUGUGGAGUUUCAAGAGAAUUUUUUGUGAGAGACUUUCUAACAACUUACAGCAAAUAAUUCUUGUGUUAAAAUUUCAGGUGGUUUCACGGCAAGAUCUCACGAGAGCAGGCUGAACAACUGUUAGACCCAGAGCAUAAAAAGGGAUUGUUUUUGGUCCGAGAAAGCCAGAAUUUUCAAGGAGACUACACCCUUUCUGUUUGGUAUGGUUUAAGUAACAGUUACUAGUCACUGUUUAUCGUGAGUGGCAUGAACAUUAUUGUUAACGCAACCAAUGUAAAUUAACCCAUUCGCCUUAGGAGAUUUUGCCGAAAAACACAUUUUGAAGCUAGACGAGCGGUUUUCUGGUCACUGUUGUGCUAUUAAGAGCUAAAACUUGCCAUAAAGUUGUUUACAGGUUGUACACUUCGCAGCCUUCUGAUCCAGAUGCAAGAUAUUAGCUUGCGAAGUUCGGGCAUGCGCAUGCAGGAAGCAAAAUUGCAAGAUGAUUGUUUGAUUUAAAAGUGACACAGCAGUCUUGACUUUUACUUUUCGCUUUCUCUCCUCCCUUUUUUUCCACUUUCCUUGCCUCAUUUUUUUUCUUUUGCUGGGCAUUUAGCAGGUUUCAUAUUGGUGGGAAAAGUUUUUAGGAAAUGUUUAAGGAUCUUAGGAUUAGAUGAAAGGAAAGGUAUGUGGGUAGUGGAACAAGAUUUUCAUGGCAAUUUUCGGGUCAACGUUACGUGGUUUUUUGCCUUAUUCUCUGGUGUCCUUGACUGAAUUGUGCUCAUUCUGGUAUGGUUUGAAAGAUCGCUUCACAUUGCACACGUUAGUGGACAAAGUUGUCGUUGACCAUUAAAACUUAGAUGACGUCACAAGUGGUAGAAGGGACGUGGAUCUGCACGGGCGGUUACGGGCGGCUCAGGGGUGAAUGGGUUAAAUCACUUACUUCGAAGAAUCUUUAAAAACAAAUUAUUCAAAACUUUCAAGCCUCAUUUGGUAAAAUUCUGUAGGGUGAGAUUUCAUCUAAAGCUGAAUACCAACAGCUCAUUUGCACUUACCUUGUAGAAUAAAGACAAGCAAAAUUGUUACUGGUUGAAAGUGCUACCAAAGAGGUUUCUUUACGCCAAAAGACUUUGGUAGUACUUGAUAGGGCUGCAACAAUACAUUUUCUCACAAUACAAUACAUAUCUCGAUACAGGUGCUACGAUACGAUACACGAUACGAUACUUAAUGCCGGUUCUAAUUCAGCUUUUCCACAAACACAAGAAGACAUUUUCCAACAAAGGGCGUAUUUUACCUGUAGGAGAUCAAGACUGUGUCAGCUGGCAAGUAAAUUGGACCUAUGCAAUGUAGUGCUGCCAUCUUGAAAAAUACAUGUUGGAUCGGAAGGAUGCGAAGCUAUACGUAGCACGGAUGGAGCUCUUGUCCCUUUCUUUAAUAAAUAGCUCUAUAGAAGAGCUUGGACUUGCGUAAAGAGUCAUUAAACACAGUGAAGGAUCAUAAUAUCAUGAUAUCUCGAUAUGUUGUUCAAAUAUCGAAAAUCGUAUCGUGGCAAAAAAUAAUAUUGUGGCUCACCGGUCAGGGUGCAAAGAAAGUCAGUUUUACAGCCUGCCAUUCGGCAAGCUGUAGUUAGCAUGUACUAGCCCACAAGUCAUUUCAACUAGCCCUAUAACCCUUUUUGAUUGGCAGGAUUGAUCACACUCCUUCUGUAAUUUGAAUUUCCCCAAAAAACAGAACUUGCCCAUCAGGCAAGUUAAGAACAAAAGUCACUAGCCCGAUAGCAAAAUCCACUAGCCCCGGGCUAUCGAACACGGCUUUCUUUGCACGCUGCCUUUUCACAGGUGUAUUGUUGCAGUACCAUGUACUAGUACUAGAAAUGUUUAUACUUCUAGUAAUACAAUGACACCAUCAUUGACUUAAGAAUAAGAAAGGUUGAAUGUCUUUCGGCUCUUUUACUACUACAGCUGUUUGUGUCUGUUAUAAGUGCUUGUGCAUGGCUCUUUUACGAGAAAUAACAAAGCUUUUUUUUUACAUUUAUUCCAACCAGCACUGGUUCAAAGGUUGAUCACUACAGAGUAAGAUACACUGAUGACAAUAAGCUUACUGUGGACGAUGAAACCUUUUUUGAAAACCUCACAAAACUUGUACAGGUUGGUGAUAAUGUUGAAAAACAGCAUUCCUUAGUUACCAGUGGUACUUAGAGUACUGUAUUCUUUCAUCUUCACAAUUACCAUCAAUGCAGCUGCCAAUAAGCAUGUACACCACAUUUAGAAGCUCGAAGUUGUAAAGAAAAUACUUUUCUGAAGAAUUUGUUGCUGAGUCAGAAAAAAGUUCAGACUUUUUCCUUAACCCUUUAAGCCCCAAUAUCAACAUACAAAUUCUCCAAACUGAUCUCUAUACAUUUCCUUUAAGAAUUAGUUAGCUGUAAGAGAAUUUGAUAAAAGAUCAAAGUAUUUCUCUUAGGUGAUCAUUUUAUUAAUUCUCAUAACCUCAUCUCAUGAUAAUGUAUGGAUAUCAUUAGGAGAAAAUUGCUGUUGGUCAGUAUUGGGACUUAAAGGGUUAAUGAAUGCACAUGUACAUGUAGUUACUUGAGCAGAUUGUAUGUCACCAAGUACCUACAAUGACUCAGUGCUGUAGCCUAAAUGUGUGACUUAACUUGCUCAUGCAUCUUAAGCCCCAAAUGCAAAGGGGCCCGAAAAGUGGUAGCCCAGACACUUUCCAGCUAUAAUAGACAUUUUUUAUUUUACUGAGAAUUCUUUAAAAAUUGUAGAAAAUAUCACAGAAAAAGGUGGAAGAGUUUAUAAAGUUUGUUUUCAUCUCUGUUCUUCAUUGCUGGGCAUAUCAAUUGAUUAGUUGAGAAAAACUGGCUUGAAAUGUUAGGGCUGUCUUUAUCUUUUACAUUGUAAAGUACAGGGAGUUUGGUGAUAGUUUUGACAAACUUGCCCUCAAGUCCUAAACAGCAGAUAACGGUGGGCAAUUUACUAAAGUGAGCACUGGAAGAUAGUGCGGUACACAUUGUAUUUAUGCUUUCUGGGAGGAUCAAUUUGGGAUGAAUUUUAUUGUUAGAAUUCAGUCAAGAUGUUAUUGCUGAUAAGCAGUAACAUUGUAGCUUAUCUGUCAGAGUUUUUUUUUUAAGGUAGACCCCUAUGAAACUUUUGUGUCAGAGCUAUUAUCCCUAAAUAUUAUAUCUAUUGUGUUAUUAGUGUGCCUUGCUCAGGUCUGACAACAAAACAGUAAAAGAAAUAGGCUAUUAUUUUCCUUUCCUUGUUUGUUUUCUUGUUAUUUUGUUUUUAUGUUUCUUUCAUUACGUUGUUAUGGGGCCAACUGUAAACCAGAACUGAUAGCUUUGCUCCUCUGUCCAUUUAUAUAGAAGCAGAUAAGUAAGAGAGAGAGACGCCAUUUUUAAUGUUGUUUCCUUUAAUAGCAUUAUGAACACGAUGAAGAUGGUCUUUCUACCAGACUCGCGCAUCCUUUACAAAAGCAAGGCAAAUUUGAUUUUUCUGUUGAUCCAGAAUCGUUCAAAAAAGGUUUGUACAUGUGAUGUUAGCAUCUUGCUGUUCAUUUUGAGUCUGCAAAUUAUCCAAUGUAACUCACUUUCUUUCUUCUCCUUCUGCACUCACAAAAGCAAUUUAAACACUGGUGCAGGUGAAGUUUAUAACCAUUUCAGAAUUCAAUUUAUUGGGUACUAGAUGUUAGGAUAAUAGUAAAACCCUGUGACUAAUUACCUAGAUUUUAAGAACCUGUUAGGCUAAAAUUUGCCAGUUAAGCCCCUUCUAUAUAAGAACCUGGAUAGCCUAUAAUUUGAAACAGGUUCUUAUUUUCUAAAAUCUAUGAAAAAACUCUGUACACUCAGGUAAUUAAGAUAAAUCAACAACCAGAAUCCUCUUUGGAGAUAUAGGUGCCUUAUCACUCCAACUGCAAUUUAAACGUCAAUGUUUAAAAUUAAAAAAAUUGUUAUUUAUACGAUUACAAAUUAAAAAAGUUCUUUUUUAUUUUUAUUUUUCACAUAACUUCUAAAUUGGUAUGCAGACAAGCUGAACCACCUGGAAAUACUUUUAGCUUAUGUGAUUUUUGUAUUUUUUUCUUCAGAAAAUAAGAACCUAUUUAAGAACCUAAAUAGCCUAAACUUGUGCUAACUACCAUUUUUAUAAGAUCCUGUGUAGGCUAUUUUGGAAAAAUCCUGGUUCUUAGUCGUGGGAUUUUACUGUGCUUCAACCUUACAUUGGCACAAAUAAGGUUUUUGGACAUUUUCAACAAUGUUGAGUCUUCUUAAUGAAGGAUCCAUUCAUUUUUCUUGGGGCAGUUGUUACUCUAGCCUGUAUGUUAUGAGAUGGGUCUGUGGUUCAUUCCUAAUAUAUACAUGCCUCUCUGACUCAAUAUGUCACUUGUCAAAAUUUAAUGCAAAUAGCACUGUAAAAAAAUUAUCUGAAUUGUCUUUCAGAGGGUUGGAGUAUAAGACGUAGUGAAUUACAGCUUGGGAAGUCCAUUGGGAAGGGAGAGUUUGGAGGUGAGAAUAAUAUCAUUGCUCUACUUUACGGAAAAUCCCUUAUUAAGCACAAUCAUGUUAUUUGUUUCAAACCAUCAUGUAUUCAUUCAAGAGCAAACAACUGAAACUUUUAGGGGCCUCCACUAUCAACAUUAGAACUUCUUGACAAUAACCGGUUACCAUGGCUGGCGGUCACUGCAGCCCAGCUAUGAGCUUAUACUUAAACUUUUAGGGGCCUCCACUAUCAACAUUAGAACUUCUUGACAAUAACCGGUUACCAUGGCUGGCGGUCACUGCAGCCCAGCUAUGAGCUUAUACUUAAACUUUUAGGGGCCUCCACUAUCAACAUCAGAACUUCUUGACAAUAACCGGUUACCAUGGCUGGUGAUCACUGCAGCCCGGCUGUGAGCUAAUCUCAUGCAGGGCUUUCAGGGCACCCGUCACAGUACUUUGUUCAAACAAUGGGAAAAAAGGCUGGUUUGGGAGGGGAGGGGUAAAAAGUAAACUGCUGAAUGUUCCAGACACUCUGCAGAAAAUCUGUCUUGCUUGAAUAUCCUAAAAUAUGCUUCAUACUACUGUUAUAUGGGGUGGUCAGUGUCUGCACUAACAUUCUCCUACUGCUGACCACCCUGACAACAUGCAAGCUGCUCUUUGCUGUCAACUUAGUACAUUCUGUAAGUUAUGUUACAUUUAAAAAGGAAUACUUUCCUUCUGUUAUCUCCAGAUGUCCUUCAAGGUGUUUAUAGGGGUCAGAAAGUGGCAGUUAAGUCACUGCUGGAUGACAUCCAUGCUGCACAAUCAUUUCUAGCUGAAGCUUCUAUUAUGACGUAUGUUUGAAUCUCACAAUAGUUUACGUUUUAAUUUUUAUUGUUAUUGUUAGUUGUAGUGAAAUAGAAGCUAUAGUCGGAAUUAGUUUUGCAUAUAUUAUGACAGAGAUAAUUCGGAUUUAAUUUGUUCAUAUGAGAAAUUAUAUGGAUAACAAUUUUUUUUGUGCAUUUUUAAAUACCCAUUUUUUCAACCCAUCCUCUUCCUAGACCUGCAGGAGGGUGUGAUUCUUGUAACUAGGUUAAGGUAUUGUAUCUUCAACAGAAACUACUUGUAGUAAUGUUACAGUGUAAUUUGGUAGAUAAUAACCUGUAUCUCAAUCAACAGGAACUUAAGCCAUAAGAAUCUGGUGAAAUUACUUGGAGUGUCUUUGGAUGGAAACCCAAUUUACAUUGUUACAGAAUACUGUGGAAAGGUAAGCAAAAUGACAAAAGUGUUAUGCCUUUCUAUACAAGUGACAGCUCAUUUGCCAAUAACUGAACAAUGUAGUACAUGAGAUUUUCAGAAAGAUAAACUUGGAGGUCAUCUUUUGAAAAUUUGUUUAAAGAUAAUAACUUACUAGUCACUAACAAAAAUGAAAUCCUUUUGAUUACUGUUACUUGACUGUAACUUUGUGGUUUCUCAUACAAAACAAGAGAAGAGACACUUACAUGUAUAUGUAGGAACUCGCUCAUGCCAGGGGCAACCUUUACAAUGCCCAUACAUGUAUAUGUGUUUGUGUAUAGAAGUGUGCUUUGUUUUUAUGGUAAGUUCAGGGCGGCAAAUACUUUUUGCUUUUAGAAUGUACUUUAUUCAAACAAAUCAGAAAGGUUGUCAGCCAUUCAUUAUAUUGACUAAAUCAAUUUCUCUAAGAAUGUGACCCUACAGAUGUUCAACUUCAAAAAGAUGGUCUUUCAUGGUAUUUGAUCUGUCCAGUGAUCAUAUCUGAUUGCAUGUGGGAUUUUGUUGGACGUUGGGUAUAUUGUAGUUGGACAUUGUCUAAUGACUGACUGUGAUUUUCAUCUCUGAAGCUUAGCUUUGGCUAUGUAUUUGCAGCAAGCAAAUACAAAGGUCAGCUCUCAAAUUGCAACUUAAAAUGCCCUCUUGAAUCUUGUAAUCUACAGUGCUAUUUAUUUUGAUUGCAGCUUCCAUUAAUUAAUGUUCUUUCUUUUAUCUGUUAUUAGGGAAGCUUAGUAGAAUAUUUGAGAACCAGAGGAAGGACUGUCAUUGGGCAAAAGGAACUUGUUGGAUUUGCAAGGUAGGACUACAUGUAAAAUUUGAAACUCUGAUCAUUGCAAAGAUUCUUUCCCUCUUGCCCCAGCUGAAGGGUUGAAGGGUUCUCAUGGAAAAUUCAGGAAGGGUGUAUUGUGAGCUCCCUGAAACCCUUUGUCCCUGAAACCCUUUCUCAGAGAACUGCUCCUAGUUGAGAGAAUGGUGUGUGGUGGUCAUUUCCUCUAUUUUAUGUUCUUUUUUUUAGCUUAAAAGUUAAAUGUUUCGUUUUUGAUUGAUUGAUUUUUUUUUUCAAAAUUUUAUUUUCCCAGGGAUGUAGCAGCUGGAAUGCAAUAUCUAGAAUCGAAGCAUUUGGUUCACAGGUACAUGAUCUGGCACAUUAGAGGCAUAAACAAGAAACACAUUAUUUUGAAAUUGACAAGAUGAUAAUUAGAACAUCUCUAACAGUAGAAACUAUUGUCAAAUCUUACAUGUAUAUUAGAAGGAUGACAGAACUCACUUCCUUUAAUUAUUUUGAAACGUUCUAUCAUGAAUGAGAACAUAAAGUCUUAUGUUAUACUAUAUCUUUUAUGAUGACUAAAUUAUUUUACUAGGAUUGAUUUUGCUUUAUUGUACAAUUUGGUGAAUUUCUUGAUAGGUGAGCUUUCUUUGGCCUAAUUGCUAAAAUCUGUCAUAUGAUGUAAACAUUUCCCUUUGUACCAUAAGCAUCAGCUGUGUACACAUUUCCUACCAUUUGAACUUUUUGACUUUAGGGAUUUGGCUGCCAGGAAUGUCUUAGUACAUGACGAUGGAACAGCCAAGGUACCUGCAAUAAUAAUAUAUUAUGUCAUUAUCUUACAUACCUGCUUCAAUUUACUCAAACUACACUGAUUACAAGUAUACAAUGAACCAUGAUAUUCUGAAUGUAAUAAUUAAAAUAAUUUCUAUACUUAAUAACACCUAAGAUAGUGAGAAAUUUAAAUCUCUGCUGCAUCUCUUUUUGUAACCAAGCUUGUGACAAUUUAAGGAUGGCUCUUUCCAUAUUCUCCAGAUGUUGUUUUCCGAGUUAAAAUUUUGUUUCUUCAAAGUCAACUGUAACUGUUUUUAUGAAUGACAGGUGUCAGAUUUUGGACUUGCAAGAGAAGCUAACUUCAACUUAGAAGGAGGAAAGUUUCCAAUAAAGUGGACAGCCCCUGAAGCUAUAAAACAUAAAGUAGGUUUAAUUGAAUUGAAUUACUGAUAAAUCAGGUGGUUCUUGUACACUUCAUGUUUGUGAGUUGUAGUUUUGGGGCAUUUUUCUUUUUCUUUUUUUAGUUGGCCUUGUUUUUGUUGAAUGUAGCUUUUUUCUUUACUUGAUUUGCUCAGUAAUGACAAACAACAGAUAAAACCUCACAAUGCAGAACAUUAACGACUGAUAACUAAUAGGGCAACAAAUUAUUUAAUUCACCUAUACGUCUAUAAUGAAGAUCUCCAUGCAGAUUGUCCAGUCAUUUCGUAACUACAUUCAUGAGGACAGGAAUAUGUUAUGCAACAUACGUAUUAUUGUUUGCAAAGCAUACUUAAUAGAAUAAUGAUUAGCACCAAAAUUAUAGUAUUGCUAUAAAUUACUACUAAGGUAUUAACUUGAUAUCAUAUUAUUAUUAUGAAUUUAAUAAAGAGGGUCAAAACAUUCUUGAUGUACAUCUGUAGCAAGCUGAGGAUGAAAAAGAAGAGAAAAUUAAAUAUGUAAAAAUAUCACACCUGCCAUUCACAUAUUCUUUCACUCUAUUUUUUUUGCAUCCUCAGCAAUUUUCUACACAGUCAGAUGUUUGGAGUUAUGGCAUAUUGUUAUGGGAGCUAUUCUCAUUUGGUAGAACACCAUACCCUAGAGUGGUGAGUCAUGCAGACACAUUUUGUGUGCUAUAUAAUGUGAAGCCGACAUAACACAUCAUAGAGAAGGAAGCCUCUUCAUCAAAAUGUUAGAACAAGAAUUUCCUUUGUCAAUCUUUAGAUUAAUGCUAUCUAUCCAAAAUGUAAAGGCUGUGGAAAUAAAUUUAUUUCACAGAACAAAUUGAAACUUUUCUUGACGAUUUGACAUCAUGGUAUCUUUUCAAGAUGAAAACCUCAGUCAGACAGAUAACCAUGCUGGCCUCAUGACAGGAGACUGAGCAAUGAGGGUAUGACCUCACAGCCUCAUUGGCGGUUGAGGGCUGGGUGCAUUCAGUGUAUUUUGAGGGAUUUCCUGAUCUUCCUUGGAACUAAAUGAGGUCACUAUCUUGCAAGAGGCAAUGUGAUGUUAUCGAAGUUUCACUUUCUUCUUGUGGAGGAAAUUUAUUUUUGCCCCAUGGAUUCAGAAACCAACAAUUUUUAUGCACAAUGUACAGACUGUGAUAAAUGUUCAUUUCUGUUUUCCCCUGAAGAAGCAAAAUACCGGUGGCUGAACAAUGAUGCACUGUCAAUUUUUUGUUAAUUUUGAUUUAUGUAUUUUCCUGGCUUACCUGCCAAACAUUUUUGCAGUUUAUUUUUGGUGUACUGGUUUUUCUUUACGGUUCAGUUUGGAUAUCAAGCUGGCAGAUUAUAUAAACCAGCAAAUCAGAUCGCUGAGAAGGGGUUUCCAGGAAAACGUAUUAUGAUAGUGUUUGUUGUGUUUGUGAGUUUUUCCACAAUGAAAUGAUUAUUUUUCAUAUCCAAGAGCAGGCUCCUCACGGGGUCCAAAGAAAGUCAGUUUUACAGCUUGCCAUUUGGGCAAGCUGUAGCUUGCAUGACUAGCCCAAAAGCUAUUUCAAGUGGAGAGCUUGCUCGCAGGCUAGUAGUGAUCUUUCAUAGACCUAUGCAGCAAAGGGAAGGAAGAGGUUUCUAGCCAGAGUUAAUAUGUGAUUUUUUUAUGUAGAUAGGUCAUAGGUCAAGGCAUUUGCUCCAAGAGGUGGUAGAAGCCAAAUUCACCAAGCUUCUUUCACUAAUAUUUGGAUUAUUAUUUUUCAGCACAUAGACAGUGUUAUGGACAAGAUUGAAGGAGGAUAUCGGAUGGAAUGUCCAGAUGGCUGUCCUCAGCGAGUUUACAGUGUGAUGAGAGAGUGCUGGGAAAUUGAUCCAAAGCAGAGACCAUCCUUUAAGAAAAUAUAUUCAGAACUAGAUCAAAUCUACAGAUCAUUUCUACCAGUUGGUUAGCUAAUUAUUCAACAAGUGGAAUACCAUUGUUGUAACUGUUAACAGUAGUUGAUUCACUUCCCAAAACAACUUUCAGCAUUUCAUUGCUAGUCAAUGUGACUACUAUCUUUCACAAUUGGCAGGCAAGGUCUUCUUUUCCAGCAAAGUAGUCAUAGGUUGAAGACAGGCGUGCAAUGUAAAGUAUAGAUUUUAUGUCAGACGUUUCCAAUAUAUUUAAUUUUUUCUGAAGAUAUGUGAGGAAAUGUCAUGUUUUGAUUAUUUUGGUUUUAUCCACUAGAAUAUUUUUGAAACAUUAACCAAAAUAAUAGUAGUAUUAUAUACUAUAUACUAUUAUGAUAUUAUAAUAGUAUUAACUUGUUUUAGUCAGAGGAAUAAUUCAGUCAAAACCGGUAAGCAUCUUUUCUAUUUAUCUUUCCAGUCAACAUUUUUUUAUUCAAAGACAAAGAUAGUGUUUUAAUAUUUCAAAAGCAGUUGUUAGUUUGAUGUUGGGUAAUACUUAUCAAUAUCUGAUGCUGUUUUUUGUGAUGACUUAAGUCUCUUUGAGGGUGGAAAGUGGAAUCCCCAUCUUUUUUUGUAAGCUAUGUUCAUUGACAACAAAAACUGUACAAAAAGUACAUAAGACCAGCCUGAAUUCAGGUUUAAAGUCACUGUGAACAAUGUUAAUCUAAAACACAAAUAAGAUGUUCCAUUUGUUUUUUUAUCUCAUUGUAUGCGAUACUACAGUGUCAUCAAAUUAAUCAUGUCUCCUUUCCCCUGCCCCAUGCAGUGUUUUAUGGUGCUCAAAAGCGAUGCAUCCUAUCUUUGUGUUAGCCAAACAACAUGGGAAGAGGGGAGGGGGGGGGAAUCAUUCAUUUAGUGACGGAUUUUUAGUCAGGAUAACAACAAAAAGUACAUUAGAUAUUUUUCCAAUUUGACCCAACCAGGUUUGUCUGAGGUUGAACCUCUCUGGGACUUGAGCACAAGAGGCGCAGAGUAAUAUUGUAACAAGCAAGUACCUACAGCUAUAGUGAAGUGAUUUGGGACAAAUAAAUGGUUGCAAAUCACUGCAAGACUUCCUGCACGCAUGUAACAUCCCUUUACCUCUUACGCAAGACAACCCACAUUUUAAGAGAGCUUUCUCGUGGGCUUAUGUAUAGAUCACUUGCAGCAAAAGUGAAGGUCACAAACAUAUUACAUGUAACUUUAACAUGCAUAUAAGACUCUAAUGUCUAAUUUUUCAAAAAGUAAAACUCAACCAGCAGAGCAUCACGGGAAGCCUGAUAAGUUUGAUGCAUCACAUGAUCUGAUGAUAGAAUUUUGAAAAGUCAAAAUUUGCAUUGUGUUAUUCUAACGAGUGCUAUAACUUCAAGUGUGUGCCUCUCCCUACCUUUGGUGUUCCAGCACUAUGUAUGUAGUGUAUCUUGUUGACCUAACUAUUGCUUGUGAUACUUAAACUGCUUCUUAGAUAGUUUUCUAAUUGAUUAAUCUUGUCAUUUUAUAUUUAUUUUUUGGUAUAUUUUGCUUAACAGUUUUAUUUUCUUUCUGAUUUUCUUGUAUUUUUGUUUUAUGUGUAAACACCCAUUAAAAAGCCAGCAUCCAAACUCUACAUUGCAGGGUUGUUACUAAGAUUUCAAGUUGCCGGUUAAAUACAACAAGUAGGCGGGGAAUCAAACAGCUAGGGAUUUCGUUUGGUUCUAUUUUCUUCUAUUUUCCUAUGAAAGCAGCCAGGGGGCCACGGUCAUAGUAGCCGGGGGAAAUCCCCGGCCCCCACCUCUUAAUGACAGCCCUGACAUUGUGCAAGUAUUUUGUGAGAGGAUAGCAAGUUGCACUUUGAACAUAAAAAUCUUGAUCUGAAAAUUUACUUGCUUUCUUCAAUGCUUUGCGUGUCCUUUUCUUUUCCAUAAGGUUUUUUACUACCGUGUCGCUUUUACUAUUCUGUAUUUACAGGAUAAUUUGUGUAAAAAAUAAUCAAAGUUAGUCAGCAAACAAAACCAAACCAAAAAUAUCUCUUCCACAUAACCCCCAUACUGUUAAUUCAAGAAUUUGCAACAACUUGUUACAUGAAAAUGUUGCAUUUUCUUUUAUUGGUGAUCCCCAAUAUGCCUGUAUUUUAUACCAUUCAGAUGAACUUAAAACAAAAAUUCUUAUUUUCGUAAGCCAAAUUGUAAAAUAAAAUUUUGAUAGGUUUCCAAUUUUUUAAAGUAGCCUCUGCAUUAUUGUCGUCAUUAUUUUCAUGAAAAAUCUACUAUUUUAGUCACUGAUGUAAUUUUUGUUUGAAGUAAUAAUUGCCCCAAUCUUUCCUGAAUUACA